AACUUUUUCAGACCCUUAUGUUUUUAAUGUGACCUGUCCCCAGAGCCAAGCUGGACACAUUUUUAUUUAUUUAAUACACUGAGCAGAGGAUAGUCAGAAGUCAGGGGUUUUUUUCUGGCUUCCCAUAUAUUAGUUUGGACUACAAUGCCUCACUAGUCUGUUGCCACAACUUGACAGACAGUAUCCACAGCAGCCGUUUUUGUUCAGUUGUGGUAAUUCCUUGGCUAUAUUCUGCCCUCACCUCUUCAGGAAUCCCUGGGCUGCAUUUAUCUAUUUUUAAGACACCAUACUGGCAGCAGGUAAAGGUUAUAGAAGGAAAGUCAAUACUGCCCAUGUUUGCUAGGUCAGUUUCCAGUGUUUUGGUUUUGCCUGUAUGCUGACAUUUUAUAGCCAGCAUUUUUCACAUUGUGAGCUAGGUUUUUCUUUCUAUGUGUAAUACAGAAACCCACAUUUCAAUGGCAUCCCUGUGUAGCCACCAGUGAAGACAACUCUUCAGUAGUCACCUUCCACAGCCCCUUUCAGAGCUCACCCUGUGUGUCGAGGCAGGUCGGGAGGGUCAGUUUGUCACAGCGUCCAGCUUCAGCCCCGUUGCAGUACUACCCACUGCCCCGCUCAGAGGCUGAACUGUGGCAUUUGGUGAAAGGUCGCUGGCUCCAAUUUCAGCCAGUGCCACCAAGCGACUAACAUUUCAAAUCAGUUAAAAGAGGUGUCACCUUUAAGGCACAGGGCUAGCCUGUAUGCCAGAGCAAUUGCGAAUCAUCCCUGAGAGCUUUUGUGCAAUCUUUAUAUUACAAGGCAGAUCUCCCACAAUCUGUCAGAAUGAGGUGUUUAUUUUUUUUAACCUUUCUAUGCUGUUCCAACUUAUCUUACUGCACAGUUCUCAGGCUUGUAAAGAAUCAUCACACAUUUUUGAAACAAUCUGAUUUCUCUCUCACUGUCCUCCCUUACAUGGUAAUUAUUUAUAUAGCUUAAUCAUUCAUUUUAAGCAUUCAGGUUUUUAUCAUUCAGAGGGAUGACAGUAUUUAUCAGAACAGGAUAAAGUUUUUAUGUUCCUCUAUCCAAGUUUUAUUCUUUUACUUCUCUUCUUGCUCCACUGUUGGCUGCAGUAUUUCUGGAAAACUUGGAUGUAGACUCUGUGUUCUUUACAUAUUAGUGUAAGUUAAGUUCUUAUUGAAGUACUGCUAGUUGAGCAGCAGCUCAAAGCACUGUGCUUUAUACAUACUAAAAAGUGUCUGGUACCUGCAGAAAGCGUUUGGGGAUUUUUCAGUUUAAAAAAAAAAUGAGGCAAAUAAUGGACUUCUUAGCAUUGAGCACACACUUUGAACCACAAACUCCAAAACAAACUUUCUGUUAGAAGAUGAUCUGAACUUUGCCUUUCUGACCAGUGUAAAAGAUCACUUGGAAUCAACAGUAAAGAUCUGCACAUGAUGUUUUGACAAAUGUUAGAAGCCAUAGGCCAAUGCCCACCCCAUUUCUUAUUUGCUAAAUUGAUUGGGUAUCCUGAUGGUGUUCUAGCUAUGCAGCAGGGAGGUUUUGCAUUAAAAGCGUUUUAGUACUGGUCAGGCUGGCAACUGCCAUGAUGACAAAAUAGUAUGCAGAAUGUAAUGGCUGUACUUUAAGCCAGCAGAUCCGUUUGCAUGUAUAAUGUGAAACCUGUCCCUGUCUUUUAUUAAUAGCACCAUGUGCUAUCCCAGAGCUCCCUAAAUGUGUUAUGUGCUGGUUUUCUACAAAGUCUGUUUGAAGAACAAAAAGCUCCUAACCUUGCAAAAAGUGCUCUGGAAUAUUCUUCCUGUGACAUGAAUGGUAUCGUAUACUUUGAACAAGAUCACAGUGGUAGAAAAGAGAAGAAGAAACCUUCAAGAUCACUUUCUUCUUCCACCAUUACCUUAGAGGAUGCAGUGCAAAAUCUGCCUGUUUCUCCACCUGAGGAGCCCUGCUUGCUAGUCCUUCCUCCUCCUUAGAAUGAGGCUUGAAAAACAUCCCCUAAGCUAAGCACACAAGAUGCAAGCAGCACGGAACUGUGUCUUUCUACUUGUUGCUAGUGUGCAGUGCCACCGGUCUCCGAGACCUUUGUUUGAGGCUGGUUUGAAAGCGGGAAACCUUAGCGUUCAAAUCCCUUUACAAUUUUGCAAGUAAUGUAUGGUUCAUAGGUGACGAGACACUUUUAGGAAAAUCCAAAGAAAUGUUAAGAUUAAAAAAAGAAUGCAAAGGGAAAUCGAAACUCUUUGCCUACAGCUGCAGUUCCUAUUAACAAAAACAAACCCAGGUAUAUGUUUUGUAACUGAAUUUCAUUUCUGUCUUCCUGUCUUGAUUUUAGUGCAGUAAUUUUUGUUAAACGAAUGAUAACAAUGAAACUCAAGGAAACUUUUCUUCUUUAACUCCAGAUUUUCUUGUUUUGCUUGUGGGCUUUCCAGAUCUUCUGCUUAAAAAUGAGAGAGCGCUGCUGAUAAGUACAAUGAAGGCUACAACAUAUAAUUUUUCUUAAUGCCUUAUCUGAGUGGGAAGAUAGUGGUGUAAUUAAAAUCCAUAAUUCCAGUGUUCCAGAUAGCAUGUACCCAGUUCACUGACAUUUCUGUCUGCCUUCACAUUAGCAUCAUCUGUUCCAAGUAUAUUGCUUGUUAAGAAUUACUGGCAGUAUAAUUGCAAACUUGGACAUACCUAUAUUUACGUGCUGCACUACAAUAACAAACCUGAUGUAAAAUUUUGUUUUCUGAGUUAUGGCACAGGCAUGCUUAAAUCAGAUAUGCUUCAUUUGUAAAUUAUUGAAGUCAUAAUUACUUUGUGACCAAUCAAGCCACAGCUCACCAGUACUUCUCAUUCAAGCAAGCCCUAUAAUAUUACAAGUAGCCCAGACUAGGAAUGAAGUCAUUAAAAUGGGAUUGCAGCAGAAAAACUAGUAAUAUAAACCAUCUUUAAUAAUGCAUGUCUAGAUGCACCCUGCAUCUCCUGUUGAUUUCCCUGGGAUGUGCCAUACACCUUCAAAACCCUCCUCUAUGGAGGAGACCAAAAGGGGGUAAGCAAGUAGGGUUUAAGGUGAUAUGAGAAGGGAACUUCACCAUCUGAAGUCACAGCAUGGUGGGUGCUCUGCCAUGGGACACCGUGGCACACAUGGUUAACGUUGCCCUAUGCCUUCAUUUCUUGUACCUUGCAAAUUUUGCGCUUUGCCUUGGCUAAGCUGAGCUCGUGGCUGAGUGGCAGCUACAGGAAAUCAGCUUCCAGCUAAGCAGCCAGAAGAGUUUUGCAGUAUAAGCAGUCUAACCCGCAAUUAGGCUAUGUUAUUAGAUCUGCACAUCACUAAUUUCAGUGUGUGGGGAGGGCAGCCAAGCAGUGGUUGCUCAGCUGUAGUCCUGCCUCAGACUCCUUUCCUGCAUCCCAGAGGAGCCACGGAGCCAGCCUGGGGUGCAGUUAUUCUGAGCACACAAUCACAUGGUCUGAGAAACACCUUAAUAAACUCUGACCAGCAACGCAGCCAACAGCUUUGCCUCAAAAUAAAACAGCUACCCAGGAUCUCAACACGGCAAGAAAGUGUCUCAUCCCGUCAAGAAGAUAGAAACUCUGGUACCCAGCAAAAAUGUCUGACAAAACUCCCUUUGAAACGGAUAUGCUGACGCUCACACGAUUCGUUAUGGAGAAGGGACGCCGCGUUAAAGGAGCGACAGGGGAGCUGACACAGCUGCUCAACUCCAUGCUGACUGCCAUAAAGGCCAUUUCCUCUGCAGUCAGAAAGGCAGGCCUUGCCCACAUGUUUGGUAUAGCUGGCACCGUGAACGUGACCGGUGAUGAAGUGAAGAAGCUGGAUGUAUUAUCCAACUCCCUGGUGAUUAAUAUGCUUCAGUCCUCCUACAGCAGCUGUGUCCUGGUCACAGAGGAGAACAAGGAGGCCAUCAUCACCCCGAAAGACAAGCGGGGUAAAUAUGUGGUAUGCUUUGACCCCCUUGAUGGCUCAUCCAAUAUAGACUGCUUGGCACCUAUAGGAACAAUAUUUGCUAUCUACAAAAAGGAAACAGAUGACGAGCCCUCUGAAAAAGAUGCUUUGCAGCCUGGACGCAAUAUUGUUGCUGCAGGGUAUGCCUUGUACGGCAGUGCUACACUGGUCGCCCUUUCCACAGGGCAAGGAGUGGACUGCUUCAUGCUCGAUCCGGGUCUCGGUGAAUUUAUUUUGGUGGACAGAGAUGUUAAAAUCAAGAAGAAAGGGAAGGUAUACAGUCUUAAUGAAGGUUAUGCAAAGUAUUUUGAUCCUGCAAUGACAGAAUAUUUACAAAAGAAGAAAUUCCCUGAGGAUGGCAGUUCCCCAUAUGGUGCCAGGUACGUGGGUUCCAUGGUAGCUGAUGUUCACCGUACAUUGAUGUACGGUGGGAUCUUCAUGUAUCCUGCUAAUCAGAAGAGUCCUAAAGGAAAGCUCCGACUCCUCUACGAGUGCAACCCUAUGGCUUUCAUUAUUGAGCAGGCAGGUGGGAUGGCAACUACAGGGACUGAGGCGGUGUUGGAUGUGAAACCUGAGAGUAUUCAUCAGAGAGUCCCUCUGAUCCUCGGUUCUCCAGAAGAUGUGCAGGAAUACCUUGCUUGCGUACAGAAACACCAGAAGAGCAGCUAAAGGCUUUUCCACAUCAGACCUUGCUCAUCCAUCUUGAGUCUACAGGAAAAGCCAUACCUUUCAAGAUGGUGGAUUCUAGCAAUUAGCACCCAUCUCUCAGUGAAAAACCCACUUUAUGAGAAUAAAAAUAGUGAGAAUGACUGAUGGGAAAAGCAAAAAUUUCAUUUCUCCAUGCAAACAAAUGCAAAAAUCCAUUAACUCUGAUUUAUGCAGUGCAAAUGUAGAGACAGAGGCCUGAUUAUUAAACAAAGUGACUUUCUUUAUAUAAUAUUAAUAAAAAAAAGUGGAUUGUGUCAGUACCCUAUAUUUCACCUGCAGCUUUACAUCUGACAUUACAUGGUUGGCAUUGUUUGAGACAGGAUUUUCACACCAACAUUCACAAUGCCAUUACCUGGAUUUUCUGCCAAAGGUUUUGCUGCAGGUGCUUUUUAUCUUGUCAGCCCUGAGAAGACCAAAAGUCUCAUGCUGUCUGAAACAGUGUUUUUAAGCUCCAAAUUAUAUAUGUCUUCCAUAAUUAAUAAAGAUGAAAAGGCUGCAAUGUU